GCUUUUUACUUCACGUUCAACGUUCACUUAACUAUUACGUACCUGACAAUUCUGACGUCAUUUUAUUUGUACUGAUUGAUUUAAUUUUAGUGAUUCGAUCAUAAUUCAUUUAGUCUAUAGGUUUCUCUAUACACAAAGUUUCAAAGGUUUUUGUCUGCAUAAACAUUGACAUUCACGAUGGCUGCGAAAGGAAAAGAAAAUUAUGGUGAUUUGCAGUUCAAUUUAAGUAAUGGGGUCACGAUGCCAGCUGUGGGGUUGGGAACAUAUCGUGUUCGCAACAGUGAAGAACUUUACGUGGCUGUUGACAAUGCCUUAGAAGCUGGAUAUAGAUUAUUUGACACAGCUGCUGUUUAUUAUAAUGAAAAACAUCUAGGACAUGCAUUACGUCGCCUUUUGCCAAAAUACGGACUUCAGCGCAAAGACAUCUUUAUCACAACUAAAUUAUCUCCGUCUGACCUCGGUGGAGCUUCAGUCGUCUCUAAUGCUCUCAAUACAUCCUUAGACAAUUUAGGCCUGGAUUAUAUAGAUUUGUACCUGAUCCAUUUUCCUGGCGCUGCCGGAAUACCCGCUCAGAGUCCCAAGAAUGCAGAAUUACGUGUAGAAGCCUGGACCGAAAUCAUUAAACAGUAUAAGCUGGGUAAGAUCAAGGCGAUCGGCGUGUCGAAUUUCACAGUCAGACAUUUGACGCAAUUGGCUAACGCUACGGACUUGACACCUAUGGUUAAUCAGGUGGAAUGGCAUCCUCAUUACUAUCAGCCAGAUUUACUACAGUAUUGUAACGACCACAACAUACGUCUACAAGCAUAUUGCUCUUUCGGUGGACUGGCCAUAAAUAACAAGUCUUUGUUUGAUGAUCUUGUGGUAGUAGACAUUUCUCGUAAACAUUCAGCAACGCCUGCCCAAGUUUUACUCUCGUGGGCAGUGCAUCAAGGAGUAGCCGUCAUUCCAAAAUCAACCACACCACAGAGAAUCAAAGAGAAUAUACAGCUUAACUUCGGACUGUCCGACAAAGACAUUUCACAGAUUAAUUCCCUUGGUGCUGUGAAUUGCAAGUAUGCUUGGGACCCUAACCCAAUCGCUUAGUGUUACAUGCUUUUUUAAGUGCUAAUACAUCAAUUACGUAACUAUUAUUGAGACAUUUAAUUUACUCCAUUCAAUAAAUUAAGUGGUUGAAUUUGUAAUGUACAGAAUACACAAGCUUUCACUACAUUCUGCAAAAUAUCAUGAUCUUUUGUGAAGUGAUGUCUAGUAUUAUUAAGUAAAUUACUGUUUUUAAAUGUUCCUUAGAAUUAAAAACUGAAUUGUUGCAUUUAAACA